AUGGACAUUCGGAAGCUCGGAGCCAAACUUUCUCCGACGCGGUGUAGGAACAUGUUCUUCUCAUUUAAGGCAUCUCUUUGUGGCUGCGCGGCUGCCACCGGCCUGACUUUGACAGCUAUUGGCUGUACUCUGAACUGCAGUUGCCAAAGUUUCAAACCAGGCAAAAUCAACCACCGGCAGUGUGAGCAGUGCCGACACGGAUGGGUGGCCCACGCGCUCAGCAAGCUGAGGAUCCCGCCCAUGUAUCCCACGAGCCAGGUGGAGAUCGUCCAGUCCAACGUGGUGUUUGACAUCAGCAGCCUCAUGCUCUACGGGACCCAGGCCAUCCCCGUGCGCCUGAAAAUCCUCCUGGACCGGCUCUUCAGUGUGCUGAAGCAGGACGAGGUCCUGCGGAUCCUGCACGCCCUGGACUGGACCCUUCAGGACUACAUCCGGGGAUACGUGCUGCAGGACGCGUCGGGGAAGGUGCUGGACCACUGGAGCAUCAUGACCAGCGAGGAGGAGGUGGCCACCUUGCAGCAGUUCCUGCGUUUCGGGGAGACCAAGUCCAUCGUGGAGCUCAUGGCCGUGCAGGAGAAGGACGAGCCGGCCGCCGCCGCCCCGCCCUCGGCGGCCAACGUGGACAUCAGGCCUCUGCAGGACCUCCACGGGCCCUUCCCCGACAGCAGCUUCCUGGCCUCCAGCUCCACCCCGUUUCAGCUGGAAAAGGAGCCGUGUCCGAGCUGCCCCGACACCGCCCCUCACCAGGAAGACGGCGCCCACGUGAGCGACUCCAGCGCCUACAGCCUCGUCACGAAGCUGGAAGGGACGCAGCUGUCCCCCGAGGCCCGGGGGAAGCCCGAGCGGCAAGGCCUGGGCGCCAAGAAGGGCCGGGUGUUCUGCACGGCCUGCGAGAAGACCUUCUACGACAAAGGCACCCUCAAGAUCCACUACAACGCCGUGCACCUGAAGAUCAAGCACAAGUGCACCAUCGAGGGGUGCAACAUGGUGUUCAGCUCCCUGCGGAGCCGCAACCGCCACAGCGCCAACCCCAACCCCCGGCUGCACAUGCCCAUGAACAGGAACAACAGGGACAAGGACCUCAGGAGCAGCCUGAGCCUGGCCGCCUCGGACGGCUACAGGCGCCCGGGGCUCCAGGUGACCUCCCCCGCGGUGCUGGCCACCACGCCCGGGAUGCUGCCGUCUCUCCCCCUGCUGUCGUCCUCCAUCUCGGAACAGCUGGUUUCCGCCGACGUGCCGUCCGAUGCCCUCCCCAAGAAGAAAUCCCGCAAGUCCAGCAUGCCCAUCAAGAUCGAGAAGGAGGCCGUGGGAACGGCUGAUGAGAAGAGGCGGGCGCUCAGCUCCGAUGAAGAUCGGCCCCUGCAGGUGGUCAGCGAAGACGAGCUGGAGGCCUGCAGCCCCGGGUCGGACGGGGCGCUGGAGGAGCAGCAGGGAGGAUGCCCAGGGAGGCCUCCUCCCGAAGGGCAGCCGGCCUGCCACCUCUCGUCGGUGAUCGAGCCCAGGGGGGUCAUCAGCAGGACCCCCGAGCAGGCCACGCGCAACUCGGAGAGGGAGACGGAGCUGGAGCAGAAGCCAGCGCUGACCCUGGUGCCCGGGGAGGCGGAGGAAGGCGGCCGGGAGCUCCGCCUCCCUCCUGGGCUGGAGCCCUGCAUCCCUUUCCCGGACUACGUCAGGCUGCAGCAGCACCUGCUGGCCGGGGGCCUCCUGGGCGCCUUGUCCACCCGAGGAAUGGCUUUCCCUUGUUUCGAAGAUUCCAAGGACCUGGAGCCCGCGGGUCCGCACGCGUUGGCGAGGCAGAAGGAAGAGAGUCGCCACCAGUGUGACAUCUGUCAGAAGACCUUCAAGAACGCUUGCGGCGUGAAGAUGCACCACAAGAACACGCACUCCAAGGAGACGCACGUGUGCACGGUGGAGGGCUGCCAGGCCACCUUCCCUUCCCGCAGGAGCAGGGACAGACACAGUUCAAACCUAAACCUCCACCAGAAAGCAUUGGCCCAGGAAGCACUGGAGAGCGGCGAAGACCAUAUCCGCGCAGCGUACCUUCUGAAAGACGUGGCUAAGGAGGCCUAUCCGGACGUGGCUUUCACGCAGCAAGCGUCCCAGACGUCUGUCAUCUUCAAGGGCACCAGCCGCAUGGGCAGCCUGGUCUACCCGAUAGCCCAGGUGCACAGCGCCGCCCUGGAGAGCUACAGCUCCGGCCCGCCGGGCGAAGGCACCAUCCUGGACCUGAGCACUACCUCGAGCAUGAAGUCAGAGAGCAGCAGCCAUUCCUCCUGGGACUCCGACGGGGCGGCGAGCGAGGAGGGCGCCGGGCUCAUGGAGGACAGCGACGGGAACUGCGAAGGCGCCGGCCUCGUCCCCGGGGAGGAUGAGUACCCCAUCUGCGUGCUGAUGGAGAAGGCCGACCAGAGCCUCGCCAGCCUGCCUUCCGGGUUGCCCAUCACGUGUCACCUCUGCCAAAAGACGUACAGCAACAAAGGGACCUUCCGGGCCCACUACAAAACCGUGCACCUGCGCCAGCUGCACAAGUGCAAGGUGCCCGGCUGCAACACCAUGUUCUCGUCUGUGCGCAGUCGCAACAGACACAGCCAGAAUCCCAACCUGCACAAAAGCCUGGUCUCCUCCCCCGGUCACCUCCAGUAGCAAGAUGGGAAACGCAAGGGCAUUGUUUCUGGGGGAGAAGGUAGGACACAAGGGUCUGUUUCGGGCUUUACCACCAUUCGGGACAAGCCAGGCCAAAAAGCAUUGGCGUUGACUUUCUCGUCUUCGGCUGCAGGAUGAGCGGGGCGUUGGGGCGUUGGAUGAGCGGGGUGUUGGCGUGGGGCAGCCUUUCCUAUCAUUUGUUCUCAGCCCCGGGUGUUUUUCACUGACAACGACGAAAACGUGCAGAAAUGCAGUUUUUCCCAGCUCUGUUUACACGUUCCCUGGGAGAUCUCUGGGCCUGCAGAUUGCCUUCAGGGGCCCCCGGACCUGGAGGCGGCUUGGAGGGAGGCUGGCUGGAUUUCGGGGGGAUUGAGUGUCCCGGGGGAAGCUGGCUGUCACCAUGGGUGAGGAACCAGCCCCCUAGAGAUUCCAUUUUUUUUUUCAGUUCCUGCUUUCAUGAGUCUGAAACCCAGAUUUCAGUUUGGGAGCGGGACUUUCGGAGACAGUCCCUCCAUUUGGAGUGGAAAAUCGCCUCCCCCCGCCCCCACAAAGGUCUCACGUGUUACUCCGGGGGGCUCUCAGAGGAGGCCGGUUGGCCCCCAACGCCCAGGAGCGGGAAUGUUACUGAGGAUGUUAGUUCUCGCUCUGUAACAUGCGUUCGAGAAGCUGGGGACGGGGGAGACCAUGCACUUAAAAAUAGCAGUCUUCGAUUUAAUUUAAGAUAAUUUUGAUGAUAUUUAAUUUGUGUUUAUAUAUGUGAGUAUAAGGGGUGAGUGCAGACAUGUCACAGUGUGAUCUGGGUGGGGAGGGGAAGGGGGCGUCUCGAUCGAAAGCAGAAGGAGUGAUGACCCUAAACGUCAAACCCACUGCCCGUCUUCACUGGGGGGAAGUUCAGAGUCUACUACCGGCGCUGCCCUGCGGAAUGGCCGCAGGCGCAACCCGGCAGGACCGUUUGUGUAUAUAUUUUUGACCCAAGCGUUUAGAGAGUGUGGUUCAGAGGGUGGGUGUGCAUUGUCAGUAUCCCCGGAUCCCUCCGUCUCCAUCCUUUAUAGACCUGUAAGAUUAGGGGGAACUUCCGGAGUUACAUGGUAGAAAGAAAAGUAGGAUGUUACUGCCAUACUAUGUGUCUUAAUAUUUAACUUAUUCUGAACUAUAGUCCACGCUGUUGUACACCUUUGCUGUUGUAGAAAGGAAGCAUGAUCGGUCCCAUCUCGUGAAAUUCGGCGUUUACAGCUCUCUAAAAGCCCGAGGUAGGGAAAAAGAAGUCAAUUUCAUAUGAAGACUUCAAGUUCACCGUCUUUGAAAGUUACGGUUGCUUUAAGUAAUGAAAAACAUCCUUAGAGAGAAUUGGGGGUGGUGAGAGAGAGUAUUCCCGUGGCCUAAAGGUGAAAGAAGCCAACAGGCUGUUACUGAUUUAUGUCAACGUUUAAAAAUAAAUAAAUGUGACAACUUCAAACUUGUCUGUGCUUAAAGGGAGAUGUAUUGUUCAUCGGUUUUGUUACCCAGCUGUUCAAUAUUCCAGGUUUCCCAAAGUGGGAAAAAAAAGUGUAUAGAAAUGAGUUUUCUAUGAUUUAAUAAAAAUAUAUGGCAUACUUUUUGUUUAAGAAGAC